UUCCCUUUCGCCUAUCUUAUAUGGCUGGGGUUAUUUUUUUAAUUUCUAUAUAUUCUUCAUGUCCUUGAUUUCAUUUAGUUUAUUCUUAUCUUCACCUUUGCUUCACCUUAAAUUUUCCUAAGUAAAAUUGAAAUAUUAUAAGGGCUGAUCACCGGCGAUUCGACUAAAAAUGUCAGUAGAGAUGUCAUCCGAACGCGUUUGCUACGUUCAGUGCAAUUUCUGCAACACCAUUUUAGCGGUUGGUGUACCAUGCGGUGUGUUUAGCAUGGCGACGGUUAGAUGUGGGCAUUGUGCAAAUUUACUGUCAGUAAAUAUGGGAGCUUUGAUUCACCAAUCUCUUAAUAAUCCCCAAGCUUUCCAGACUAACCACGCUGCUAAAGAUAGCCAUGGCUCAUCUUCAAAGUGCAUUAGGUUUGCUGAAAAUGAACAGCCCAGGACGCCCCCAAUACGCCCUCCAGAGAAACGACAGCGUGUUCCAUCAGCAUACAAUCGUUUCAUAAAAGAGGAAAUUCAGAGGAUAAAGUCUAGCAAUCCACAAAUUAGUCACCGUGAAGCCUUUAGCGCUGCUGCAAAAAAUUGGGCACAUUUUCCUCAUAUUCAUUUUGGACUCAAGGUUGAUGCCAACAAACAAGCUAAGCCAUAG